AUGCUACGCUUCAGCGAUGGAACUGCCACCACGGCGAUUGAAUCUCACCCUGUCCCAUGCCAGGCUAACAUUUUCUGCCUGCCUUCUUUCGGCUUGUGGAUUGGAGCCGGAGUCGUUUUUGCCCACAUCUUCAAAGGAAAGGUGUUGCAGGGAUGCAUUGCAGGCACUGCUGCAGUCUUCAGCGGCGUCUCGGUUGGUGGACUCAUCUCGUUUGGCAUCGGUCGUUUCCUCUUCCGGUCGUGUCUGAUCAGAAGGCUCCGACACCUGGAAUGGGUAGAGGUGCUAGACGAGAUAGUCGAGCAGGAAGGCUGGAAGUUCGUACUCGUGGCCAGAAUGAGUCCGUUCCUGCCGCUGGAGGCACUCAACUACGCAUGCUCGCUGACCUCGCUGAGUACCGCUGGAUUUGUCUUGGGAUGUUUGGGAUCCCUACCUACGACUGCCUUCUGGGUUUGGACAGCUGCUUCCGCAGAAUCACUGCGGAUGUCCGAGACAGACGACGCAGACGGCGAUCCAGUGAAGAAGCAGGUGUACUCCCGGACUGACAAAGCCAUUAUUAUCGGCCUUUCGACCGUCAUGCUGUGUGUGCUGAUGAUCUUGCUUCGGUCAUCGAAAAAAAGGUACCAAGACAUGCUAGACCGACGCAUCCCUGCGGUUGCUUUUCGGCGAGUGGUCCGUUCUCAGGAGCAGCUGCAACUGCCCGGAGACUUGGAAGGUGGUCAACGCGAGACUUACGAGCACGAGAUGCACCGGCUGCGAGAGAGCUCCAAUCCCCGCCUGUGGCGCGGUCUCCUGAGCCCCAGCAACUCGCCCGAGAGCUGA